UUUUUCUUUAGUUUGUGCGAUCACUAUCUCGAAUUUUUUCGUUUGAGUUCUUUGUAAUUUUGAUGAUUUGUGAGAAGCAAAAUUGGAUUUAGUCUUUUGGCGUGUUCUUCAACUUUCUUUGUUAUUUGUUAUUUAAUUUACUGACGAUAUUUUAGUGAUUUUAUGAGAAUUAAUAGUUAAUGUUUUGUUAAAAAGGUAACGUAUAUGAGAGGGUUUUGAGGUUUCAUACGUUAAAAAAAUUUCUGACAAAAAUCAGAAGAACAAGUCUUAAUCCAAAAUUUUCAAAACUUCAAGGACCGUAGAUUCUACUUUUGAAGUGAAAAGUAUUUUGUCUCUUUCUUCUUCUUCUUCUUCUUGUUUUUUUUGUCGUUUGGAGUUUCAAGAUUUGUGUUAGCUAUCAUCAUUAGUUGAUCUUUUUCUUAUUUUGAUUUCGAUAUGAUUCUAAAUUCUCUCUUCAGUUUCCUAUAUUUGCCUGUUCUACCAUCUGUUGGAAAUUUUAAUAUAUAUAUUUCUUUCUGAAAUUAAUUAUUGUAUUUUUGGUUGAUGAGCUAAUUAUUAAAAGUAAUCAGUCAUGAUCAUUUGCAAUUUGUAUGUGGCUUUCUUUGCUUUUUAUUUUCUUUAUAGUUUAUGAAAGUCAGAUUUUAAAACUCACUUUUGAUGUUCUUAUUCUGUUUUUAUUUUUUUUUGUGUGUCCAGAUGCAAGAAUCUCUUUGAAAAAAAUUUGGAAUCUUUCUCCUCAAAAAAAUCUUCUUUGGAGUUUCAUAAAUCUUUCAGGCUGAUUCAUCUUAUUUAUAUAUAAUAUAUAUUAGCUAAGAUGGAUCAGAUGUCACCUGAUAACAUAACUGGAGUCAUUCUAGCAGUGUCUUCAAGUAUUUUCAUUGGUUCUAGCUUCAUCGUCAAGAAAAAAGGUCUCAAAAAGGCUGGUGCAAGCGGAGCCAGGGCAGGUGAAGGAGGGUAUGGAUAUUUAAAAGAACCAUGGUGGUGGGCUGGAAUGAUAACAAUGAUUUUUGGGGAAGUAGCUAAUUUUGCAGCCUAUGCAUUUGCACCGGCUAUUCUGGUAACACCUUUGGGAGCUUUAAGUAUUAUAUUCAGCGCAGUGCUAGCGCAUUUUAUUUUGCAAGAGAAAUUGCAUAUGUUUGGGAUACUUGGUUGCGUUCUCUGUGUUGUUGGGUCUACAACUAUAGUCUUACACGCUCCACAUGAGCAGAAGAUUGAAUCAGUCAAGCAAAUAUGGCAGCUUGCUAUUGAACCAGGUUUCCUUGUGUAUUCUGCUGUGAUUGUGAUUGUGGUGGCUAUACUGAUCUUCUACUAUGAACCGCGCUACGGAAAGACUCAUAUGAUAGUAUAUGUUGGAAUCUGUUCCUUGAUGGGUUCUCUUACUGUUAUGAGUGUUAAAGCGGUGGCCAUUGCGAUAAAGCUGACAUUUUCAGGGACGAAUCAGUUCAAAUACUUCAACACUUGGAUUUUCAUUUUAGUAGUUGCGUUUUGUUGCCUUUUACAAAUCAACUACUUGAACAAGGCACUGGAUACAUUCAACACCGCGGUUAUUUCACCGGUUUACUACGUUAUGUUCACAACUUUCACCAUCAUAGCUAGUAUGAUCAUGUUCAAGGAUUGGGCAUCUCAGAGUGGAUUAAAGAUUGCAACAGAGUUGUGUGGUUUCGUAACGAUUUUGUCAGGAACAUUUCUGCUUCACAAGACGAAAGACAUGGGAAACAGUGGAAGUAGUGGUCGUAGAUCUGUCUCUAUGCCUAGAGACACUCCUGUCUUCACCAACUCAGGAUCCGCUCGGAGCUCCACCUCAGAUAAAAUACCCUCCUGACUCUAACGUUCCAAGAUUCCCCCA